UUGUCCGACAUCUCACCGAUAAACAUUUUCCUACUGAUAAGGUAAGGCAACAUGGAGUGAUAGGAUUCAACACAACGGUGAUGUAUAUGCUUUGUGGGAAGAAGCUCUUAAGAAACUUAAGAUGUGGUUAUGUACACGGUGUAUGCAUCUGCACGCUUGGAGGAAAUGUUGCAAGUCACAUAAAGGUGAUAUAACCCCUGCUCACUUCAAUGGUACAGAUGUGGUUUUCUCAUCCAUGGUAUAGCAACACCGUCUGCAGAGUUUUGAGGAAAGUCUGGGGUGAGAAGAAUUGCAGUUUGUUUCAAUAAACCAUGCUCUUAAACAAUGGCGUGAUUCAGAUGGUUGCCUUAAGUUAGUUCAAAAAUUAAUUGUAGACCAUAAGUUCUUAACCAAUCAUAAAUUUCCCUGCAGUAAGUAUAAGUAAGAGGACAUUAAUUUGCGUCCGUGUAGAAAAAAAUUAAGUCAGGGAACAUUUAUUGUUGCAAUUAGAGUUCUUACUUCUAAUGUUGUUGCUCUUUGUAAUGACGAUACUAUGGAAGUUCUUAAGAUUAAACAUCUCACUGUACCAGCACCAGUAAUAUCCACUUCACCAAUUGAUUUUGAUGCUUUUGUUGUUAAUAAAGAUAUGGUUUUAGGAAGAAUUAGGAGCUUCCCCGAAGACACUGCUUGUGGAAGAGAUGGUUGUCAUGCUCAGCAUUUCUUAGAUGCUUUGAGUGGACCAGCUGUUGUUGUUUCCGAUGAUGUCCAUGCUUUCAUUAUUGCCAUUGUCAAUCUUCUGCUUGCAGGUAAAUGUCCUCCCUCACUUUGUGAGUUUAUUGCAAGUGCUCCAUUGACCCCAUUACUUAAACUUGAAGGGGAUAUUAUACCAAUGGUUGUGGGUAAAAUUUUGCGCAGACAUGUUUCUAAGGUGGUUGCUUCAUCUGUAAGUAAGGAUAUGCAUGUUUAUUUAGGCGAUUAUCAGUUUGGUGUUGGUGUCCCUUGUGGUAGUGAAGCUAUAUUACGCUCCGCUAAUCGUAUUUUAGAAUAAAAAGGAACAAGUAACCUAAUGUCUAUGUUGCUGGUAGAUUUUAAGAAUGCUUUUAACCUUGUUGAUAGGGAAAUAAUGAUUUCUGAAGUGAGAUGUAAUUGUCCCACUAUAUCUAGGUGGGUUGAAUUUUGUUAUGCCUCUCCUGCUGGGCUCUAUUAUGACACAUCUACUUUGUCAUCGGCUCAAGGAAUCCAACAAGGUGAUCCACUAAGACCAUUGCUUUUUGCGUUGGCUUUACACCCUCUAGAGAAGAAGAUUGUUGCACAUUGUUCCUUGGAUCUUCAGGCCUAGUAUGUAGAUGAUGGUACUAUCAUUGGUGAUACUUUGCAAGUAUCUAAAGCACUUCAAAUCAUCCAAUCCGAGGGUCCAGUGCUUGGUCUUCAUCUCAAUUUACAUAAAACUGAAAUUUUUUGGCCUACUGUUGAUGAAAGAAGUCGACUUGAAGAUGUUUUUCCUGCAGAAAUCGCCAUACCAACUGAAGGGGAUAAACUUCUUGGGAUUCCUGUCAGUUUGAAUCACCAGUUCUGCAGUGACAUUAUUUUAGAUCGUGUGAACAAAACUGUACACUUGAUGCAUGCCAUACAAAGUUUAGGAGACCCCCGAAGUGAGCUCUUGCUAUUGCACAAUUGUGCAUGUAUUUCCAAACUAUAUUUUACUAUGAGGACUACUGCACCAAUGUAUUUGACACUCAUCUCUUCAGCUAUGUGUGAUGUUUGAUUGUGUAUGAUGGACCUGGAUAUGGUGUAUUAUAACACGGGUUUGCUACUUUUCCUA